AAGAGGACAGCCUGUAGUUGAGUUUGCCUUUGCUGCAACUGAGGAAGCCAUCUUCAUACAUGUCAUAGUGUCCUCAAAACAUAUCCGGAUGCUUACCACAAGUGAUCUGGAAAAAGUAUUAAAACAUUCUAUGGAGUCAACAUAUAGACUUCCAGUGAUUGUUUCUCCUCACGGAAUUCGAGGUAGCUUGACUGGUUGUUCUCCAAGUGAUCUUGUCAAACAAAGCUAUUUCAGCAGUUCUACCAAAUUUAGGGUGUCCAAUGGAAUUAUAGGUCUACCGUAUCAUGUUUCCCAGGGUGUUGGUUGCCAGCUGAGGGGGCAGAAUUGUUAUGUUGAAGUAAGUCUUGGCUUCCCAAGAUCUGGAACUGACAACUUGUUGCAGCCACACAAAACUAUUGUCAGGAAUUUACCCACACUUCAUGUUUCUGAAUCUCCUAUCACGGGACGAAGUGAUCAUAACGGAUCAGUCGAUCACUUGUCAGAUUAUGAGAAAACAAUUCUCUAUCCAUCUGAGGCAGUGCUUGUGCCAGUUUUACAAACAUCAUUAGCAAGGUCUUCCUUGAGAAGUGCUGGGAAUGUGGAUUGUAGUGAAGAUCCUUGGACUGAAAUCAGUGGAGCCCGCACACAAAAUAGUUAUGAUAGUAGUAGCAAUAGCAAUAGUAGCAGUAUUAGUAGCUUAAGUGCCAGUUCUAGUGAUAGUGAUUACAAGACUACAGGACCAAGUGAACUGGAGGCAGAUGCUGAUUCCUUAACAUGCAGACAGUCUAUGUUGUCUUCUGCUGAUCAACUGGAAAGUGAUGGCCCCAAAUUGGGCUCUAAGAGGUCUCGAACAGGGGUGACAGAGUCAUUAAGUACAGCUACAAACAUUCCUGUGCAAGAUGCUUACAUGUCUGAUUUUGGUUCCGUGGAAGUGAAUAAUUCAGCCAUCACAGGAGUUGGAAAUGAGCCAAUUGGGUCUUAUUGGGACUGGGAUGAAGAUGAUAGGGGCAUGGAAAUGGAUAUUCAAGCCCUUCUAUCAGAAUUUGGUGAUUUUGGUGACUUCUUCGAAAAUGAUGUCUUGCCUUUUGGAGAGCCACCAGGAACUGCGGAAUCUCAGUCCCUUAUGUUUUCUUCCCCGGAUUAUGGAGAUGUCAACAGCAGUCCAGGUGGUGUGAUAGAUGUUCCAGAGCAAAUAAUUUUGCCUGUCGGUUUUCCUUCCUUUGAGAGCUUUAACCCUCCUCCUUCAACAUCCAUGGAGGAAAGUCUUAACAAAAGUCAAGAUAACUUAAAUAACACUAUGUCUUUGGGUCCAGCCAAUCAAACUCAAAUGUUGUAUACAAGGGAGUUUGAUCAUAUAAUGAAAGCUGAAGCAAUGAUGACAUUUGCUCCUGAAUUUGGAGCUGUUGAGACCCCUACGUGUGAGUUGUCUACUAGAUUAUUCAGAAGCCCAUAUUAUCCAAAGUGUCGUAAAGCAGAGAGUUCAAAUUCAAGUUCAAACAAUUACUUAUAUGGUGCAGCAGCACCCUCAUCUCCUUGCACCGAAGGAUCAGAGGGGAAGAAUGGAAUGUCUGUCAAUACAAAAACAGGUUCUGGAAAACAUGAUUCUAGUAUGAAUCUCCAUUCAAAAUAUUACUAUACAUUUGUGGAAAGUAGGAAAGAAAAUAAUGGUAAAAAUCCUGUCACAUGUAAUGACAAUAGCAUUGCUAAAUCUGAGGGGAAACUGCCACUCUCAAACAUUGGUUCUAAUGCUAUUGCCAAGUCUUCCCUAAGGAAGACAAAUGAAGGCACACUUGAACCAGAGCAUUUUCUUCUAUCUGCAAAAACUUUGUUGGCAACUGAUAUCACAUGUGUCAUGCUGCAAGCUUCUGUGUGCAGGUUACGCCAUAUUCUCUUAUCUUCAAGUAACCUAAUGCCUGUUGGUUUGAGUAAAUCAACUGGGGUUUCAUUUUUAAAUCAGCUUCCUACUGACCCAAGUACAACAACAGACAACAUAACUGGCAAGUAUGAUGUGAAGAAGAAAGAAAAUAUACCAAUUAGAAUUGCAGGUGAUAUUGAUGGAGGAAUGCUUGAUGGUCACGUGAAUGCCCCUGUUGGUGUUUGGCGCACAUUAGGAACUUCAAAAGUUGUAAAACCUUCAAAUUCACCUAACAUGGAAGUUGGUCCUUCUUUUUCUCAUAAUUCUUUCAAUGAAGAAGGUAUUCUUUCUUAUGGUCAAAGGAAACCGCUUCAGGAGCUCCUUGAUGGUGUUGCAUUGCUUGUCCAACAAGCUAUUUCCUUUGUUGAUCUGGCCUUGGAUGCAGAUUGUGGUGAUGGUCCUUAUGGUUUGCUUGCAAUGCAAGAACAGUGGAGACGUGGAUUCUGUUGUGGCCCUUCCAUGGUCCAUGCUGGGUGUGGGGGAACUCUUGCCUCUUCUCAUUCACUGGACAUUGCUGGCUUGGAGUUAGUGGAUCCACUCUCUGCUGAUGUUCAUGCAUCCACUGUCAUUGGUUUGCUGCAGUCUGAAAUAAAAACAGCUUUGAAAUCCGCCUUUCCCAAUUUGGAAGGGCCAUUAUCUAUAACUGAUUGGUGCAAAGGACACAAUCCAUUGGUGGAUAGUGGAAGCAUAGUUGAUGGAGUUUUUGUUGAACCGAGCAAUAAUGAAUGUAGGGAUUCUUCAGAACCAAUGAGUCCAUCCCAGUCAUCGGUUGGUGGAUCUUCCAGUAUUAAGGUUUCCAACAUGAUGGAUAGUGCUAAGGUGGAUGAGACUUCUCAAAGGAGAUCUGGCCAUGAUUUAUGCAGUACAGAGUCAGAGCAGCAAACAUGUUCCCGUCUAAAACCUACUCUAAUUGCUCUUCCGUUUCCUUCUAUACUUGUAGGUUGGAGAUGCAUCGCGGCUCCAUUGCCUGUUGUGGGUUGGGGCUACAUCACCGGUCGUGGGUUGCAGCUUGCGUGGAAACCGUAUCAGGAUGAUUGGCUCAAGACAUCAGCAAACUCCUUGCAGCAUUGGGAAAAGGCUCCUCUUGAGCCCUAUGCUCUGCAGAAACCUAUUACGUAUCAUGUUGUAUGUCCUGACAUUGAUCCCCUUACUUCUGCCGCUGCUGACUUUUUUCAACAACUAGGAACAGUGUAUGAGACAUGCAAGCUCGGUACUCAUUCACCUCAAGGCUUGGCUAAUCAGAUGGAGUUAGAGUCUUCAAAGUUGUCAUCUUGUGGUUUUGUUUUACUUGACUGCCCCCAAUCAAUGAAGAUUGAGAGCAGUAAUGCAUCUCUUGUUGGUUCAUUAAGUGAUUAUUUUUUAUCAUUAUCAAAUGGUUGGGAUCUGACUAGUUAUCUCAAGUCUCUUUCUAAGGCACUUAGAGGUUUGAAAAUUGGCUCUUGCUUUUCUACAAACCCCGGUGAAGGAAGUAACAGUUCGUGCUUGGUAAUCUAUGUGGUGUGCCCAUUUCCUGAUCCCACUGCAAUUUUGCAAACUGUAAUUGAAUCUUCUGUUGCCAUUGGAUCAGUAGUCCAACAGUCGGAUAGAGAGAGGAGAUCUAGCUUGCAUAGCCAGGUUGUGAAGGCAUUAAGUGGCUUGGCUACUGUCGACGAGGCUUCAGCAUCUAAUAUCCUUGUGCUUUCCGGAUUUAGUAUUCCAAAACUGGUCUUGCAGAUUGUUACAGUGGAUGCCAUUUUCAGAGUCACUAGCCCAUCUGUCAGUGAACUUGUCAUUUUAAAAGAUACUGCCUUUACUGUGUACAGCAAGGCUCGUCGCAUUUCACGAGGAAUCUCUAGUGAUUUUUCUCAAUCUGCAUUUUCUGGUAGAUCUCAUUCUGUUUUGACACAAAUGCCUUCUCCCAUGUCUGGGAUGUGGAAAGACUGUGUUGGUCCUCGAAUGACAGGACAUUCUCUUCCAAGAGAGGGUGACAUUGAUGCUAGCUUGAGGCCUGGUACUUGGGAUAAUUCUUGGCAGCCAACAAGGACUGGGGGAUUAAGCUGUGAUUCAAGUAGAACUGGGGAUAUUUUUCUCCAUGAUGAAAUUCGUUACAUGUUUGAACCCCUUUUUAUUCUUGCCGAACCAGGUUCUCUUGAAAAUAGUAUUUCAGUUAUUGGUAGUCCGACUUCAGAAUCUUCCAAGGCAUUGGUAGAUGACAGUAGUGGUAAUUAUGUACAGAGUACUAGUACAGCAGGAAGUGUGGAGUCUGCUUCAAGCACUGAUGGAUCUGGGUCUGAUCCGAAGACUCCUCCAAGCCUACAUUGUUGCUAUGGAUGGACAGAAGACUGGCGAUGGCUCGUAUGCAUCUGGACAGAUUCAAGGGGAGAAUUGCUGGACUGCAAUAUUUUCCCCUUUGGUGGAAUAAGCAGUAGGCAGGAUACAAAGGGUCUGCAGUGCCUAUUUGUUCAAAUUCUUCAGCAAGGUUGUCUGAUAAUUCAAUCUUGUGACCCUGGCCUUGCCAAGCCUCGAGAUUUUGUGAUAGCACGUAUUGGAGGUUUUUAUGAGCUCGAGUAUCUUGGUAAGAUUUCUCUCUCCGCCUCUUAUCCUGUGGGUUAUAUGCACAUCAGUUUUCGGACAUGGCUAAUCCACUCUGAAAAAAAUGGCAUUGCAAUGCGGAAUAAGAGCAGUUGGGUUGAGUGGCAGAAAGCCAUUUAUUCAGUCGGUGUAUCUGAGAUGAGGAGAUGGCCUCUUCAAUUGCGGAAAUCUAUGUCUGAUGGGUUGUCUGCAACUAGUAAUGGUUCUUCUUUGCAACAACCAGACAUGAGUUUGAUCCCGGAACGAACUCUUCCUUCCUCGCCUAGUCCUUUGUAUAGCCCUCAUACCAAGUCCACUGGCUUUAUGAAAGCCAGUUUAGGGCAACCUGCUGCAAGAAAACAGCUUAUGGCUGGGCAUUCUAUGGUUGACAAUUCAAGGGGUUUGCUUCAUUGGGCACAAAGCAUUAGUUUUGUUUCAGUUUCCAUGGACCAUACGUUACAACUAGUUCUCCCAGCAGAUCCGUCCACUCCUGCUUACAUCGAAGGUUUCACUCCAGUGAAGUCUCUUGGUUCUACGUCUUCUGCAUUCAUUCUAAUUCCUUCUCCCAGCAUGCGAUUUCUUCCUCCAACAGUUCUUCAACUCCCCACAUGUCUCACAGCAGAGUCACCACCACUAGCUCAUCUGCUUCACAGCAAGGGUUCUGCUCUUCCUCUCUCUACUGGAUUUGUGGUUUCAAAAGCAGUACCUUCCAUGAGGAAGGACUAUAGAAGCAACCUAAAAGAAGAAUGGCCCUCUAUACUUUCUGUGAGCCUCAUUGAUUAUUAUGGAGGUACUAACAUCCCCCAGGAGAAGAUUGUCCGAGGAAUUAACAAGCAACUUGGUAGAAGUUUAAGCUGGGAAGCUAAAGAUUUUGAAAUUGAGAGCCACUUGGUUUUGGAGUCUAUUGCAGCAGAGCUUCAUGCCUUGUCUUGGAUGACGGUUAGCCCCACGUACUUAGAGCGGCGAACAGCACUUCCCUUCCACUGUGACAUGGUCCUAAGACUAAGAAGACUUCUUCACUUUGCCGAUAAAGAGCUCUCCAAGCAGUCAGAAAAAUCUUGA